AUGGUAAGCUACGUCAAUGAGAGUCCGGAUAGUAUUCCGCCAGGGAGAUUUUUCGGGAAAGGGAAAGAUCAGUCUAACGAUCACAGUUAUCAUCAUGGCAUGGAUAUUUCAGAAGGGAGAGAUAUUUUUCGCGCAAUAGACCGGCCAGCGAUGCCUCUGGAGAGCUCAGGAGGGAGUGGUGCCUCUGAAAUCGUAUCAACGCGGGAAUGCGAAGAUCUGCGCAUUGGCUGCAAAACAAUUGACAAUAUCGUCAUAUCUGUUCAGUACCACUCAAACUUCCCGCUCCCCGCCCCCCCCUCAAAACUCAAGAGCAAGCGGGCUUCAGAAUCUCGAUGCAACGCACCAAACACGAUGAUCAAUUGGAAGACGGUAAUUUACCAUUCUCUCACAAUCUACGGCGAUCCUAAGAAUAACCUCACCUCAUUACCAUUCCCAUUCCCCGACGUCGGGAGUAUGCAAAGUAUGCUCCAUCCCAUCCAAGAAUCUUGCCUAGUCGAUCAAAAAUAUAAUGAAGCCAAGAAUAAUAUAUUAACGAUCAGCCCGAACGUCGUUAUCCAAGCUUGGAAGAAGUACUUGGCUCCUUGGUUGACGAUUGUGUUUCGCUCGUUCUCAUACGCGGCUCAUAACUUCAUAUGGCCUGAGCAAACCCUUGAUCACUAA